UUCAUUUACUUCUUUAAAAUCUCUAUCUUUAUUUUUUAGAAGAAAAAUUAAAACAAGUUUAAAGAAUUUUUGAUUCUUGAAAAGGAAAAAAAAUGGGCGAUGAGGUUAUUUUGGUGAGUGCAUGGGCAAGUCCUUUUGGGAUGAGGGCUAAAGUUGCAUUGGCAGAAAAAGGGGUUAAAUAUGAGUACAAGGACGAAGAUCUGAGAAAUAAGAGUGAUUAUCUCUUACAAAUGAACCCAAUUCAUAAGAAAAUUCCAGUUCUUGUUCAUAAUGGUAAACCCCUGUCCGAAUCUCUUAUUAUUGUGCAAUAUAUCGACGAAGUUUGGACCGAUAAAGCUCCGUUGCUGCCCUCUGAUCCUUACUUGAAAUCUCGAGCUUUGUUCUGGGGUGAUUUUAUUGACAAGAAGAUCUAUGAUCUAGGGAAGAUGAUAUGGGCAGGGAAAGGAGAAGAGCAAGAAGCAGGAAAGAAGGGACUGAUAGAAGCCUUGACAUUGUUAGAAGAGGAGCUGGGAGAUAAGCCCUUUUUUGGAGGUGAAAGCAUUGGCUAUGUGGACAUUGCUCUCAUCCCAUUUUACACCUGGUUCCAUGCCUAUGAGGUCAGUGGCAACUUCACCAUUGAGACCCACUGCUCCAAACUCAUAGCCUGGACCCAAAGAUGCAUGGACAGGGACACUGUGUCCUCCUCUCUUCCUGAUCCUAAAAAGAUUUAUGAGUUCAUGUUGAUGUUCAGGAAAAUAUUGGGGGUAGAGUGAACAUCAACUGCCUUAUUCAUUACUUAUUAGUACUAUUGAUUUAUCCUAAUGUUUAAUGAGACUGUUGUGUGUUUCAUACUUGUUAUAGUUCAGAACUACACUAUGUAUUCACUGUUUUUAUUUGAAUAAAUUAUUAUUUAUGUGUUUAAA